AAAGACCCCCCAGCACGUAUGUUUAAAUGACCCUUUGUUUACAAGUAAGCCCCUAUAUUCCGAGCAAGGAAGCUGUCGUGUGAUUUCAACCAGCUGUUUCCCGCCCUGAAAGACAUCCGAUCAGCUGCAAAUGCACACACACACACACACACACACACAGAGGCGUAGAUGCAGAUUGGGAGCGGGGGCAGGACGACACACACGGAGAGAGGGAACCCCCAUCAGCUGGAAGCACGGCAUUAUUGCAGCUCUGAGCGCGCAGCCGAAUUGCAUGUGAUACGUGAAGGAAAACUACGAAUAUUUUUGAUGGUUUUUUUUGGGGGGGGGGAGGAAUAGAACAAACACGGGGCGAAUAUAAUUUUGCACGCGGAGAGGAAGAGGUAAAAAGGACGAAUCAAGUACCCCAAACUGGAAAGAAAAGCAUGGAGUAUUUCAUGGUACCAGGUCAGAAGGUGUCUUUACAGCAUUUCAGGAAAACGGAGAAAGAAGUCAUCGGCGGUCUGUGCAGCCUGGCCAACAUCCCCCUGACCCCCGAGACGGCGCGGGACCAGGAGCGUCGCAUCCGGCGGGAGAUCGCCAACAGCAACGAGCGGCGGCGCAUGCAGAGCAUCAAUGCAGGCUUCCAGUCGCUGAAGACGCUCAUCCCACACAGCGACGGGGAGAAGCUCAGCAAGGUGAGCGAGACGGAAAGACAGCGACACGACUACAUUUUCUGUCUGGAGCAGGAGAAAACCCGGCUACUUCAGCAGAACAAUCAGCUCAAGCGCUUCAUCCAGGAUUUCAGCGGCUCGUCGCCAAAGCGGAGACGCGCCGAGGAGAAGGAUGAAGGGAUUGGGUCUCCGGAUAUCCUGGAGGAGGAGAAGGUGGAGGACCUGCGCAGGGAGAUGAUCGAGCUCCGGCAGCAGCUGGAUAAGGAGCGAUCGGUGCGCAUGAUGCUCGAGGAGCAGAUCCGCUCCCUGGACGCCCACCUGUACCCGGAGAAGCUGAAGGUGAUCGCUCAGCAGGUGCAGGAGCAGCAUGUGCAGACGCAGAUGCUGCUUCGGCUACAGCAGCACCAGCAGCAGGAGUCACCCAAGGAGGAGCUGUCUCCACACAGCCCUCAGGUGCUGGGCCCUCUCACACCCCCGGCCCCCACCCACCACCCCACAGUGAUUGUCCCCGCUCCAGUGCCCCACCACGUUACCGUGGUUACCAUGACCCCAGCCUCCGUCAUCAACACAGUGUCUACGUCACGGCAGAACCUGGACACUAUCGUGCAGGCCAUCCAGCAUAUUGAAGGGACGCAGGACAAGGCUGGCCGGGUGGAUGAGGAGCAGCGGCGUGCUAUCAUCAUCGCUGCAGGACGCGGCCCCCCCGACUCUGACAGCGAGGGUCCCGAGGAAGAGGAAAGGGAGGAGGACAGUCCGCUGCCCUGAGCGGGAACCCAUGACCCCCCGGUGCCCUCAAUGUGCACGGGGGAGGGGGGUCUAAUACAAUCAGCAGACCUUAUCUCAUCCCUUCACCAGGCCCAACUCAGUCAAACACAAUCCCAUGAUGCACUGCUGGAGACAGAGCCCCCUCCCAGUGACGGGCUGGUGUCACUGUCAUGGACAACACUGCACCGGGGCCCAGCUUGCCCCCAUUCCUCAAUCAUCUCCAUCUGCAUUUCUCUUAUUUCUUUUUUUUUCCCCCUCCUUCUUCUGGGGGGGGGGGCACUGGAGAAUGCCUGUAGAUUUCCUGCAUACUGCGCCGCGCGUAUCUGUAAAAACCCAUUCAAGCUCUUGAUUCAUAACCCCACGUGUCAGACCAAAAAUGCCUGAAUCGCUGUGAUCAAAACGGAGAGCAAACAGAAGACUCCGGAUCAUCCUGGGGCUGUCACAACCCAAGAUAUGCCCCCCCCCACCCUCUGGAAGACUUGCCGUCUGUUUGUAGAGCUUAGUUUGGACAUUGGGAUUGGUCUGCCGGCUAAGCUCCACGAGGUUCCCGUGGAUGACCAGAGUAGCUAGCUUGCUUGUGGACAGUCGCUUGCUCUUUGUGUCCUGGUGAACCUCCACGAAGCUAGAUUUUAGGGUUAGCAAGACAACUUGUCGGAUUUAAGGUGGUCUGAGCAAAAUGUGAGUGAACAAAGAGAAAGUCCAUUCAGACUGAGGCACCUUAAAUCCAACAAGUUACAUAGCUGACCGACAAAUCUCGCAGCGUGACUGAGGCCCCUCUUUGGUUAGGGGGUGUCUGCAUUGGUGCCCAUGUGGUGAA